AUGGCAGAGCCAAACUCAGUAGUGAAAGUAAUUGAGAUUUGCAGGGUGGCUCCAGAACCACAAGAAGUUCCAUUGCCCCCAGCCACGCCAUGGUUCCUUCCUGAGCUAACUUUCUUUGACCUAUUCUGGCUAAGAUUUCCACCUUUUCAACGCAUAUUCUUCUAUGAAUUGCCUCCUUCCUCUGACCCAACACCACUCUUCUUUGAUUCCAUUCUUCCAAAACUCAAAGCCUCGCUCUCUCUCACCCUCCAACACUUUCUACCUCUAGCAGGAAGCCUCACUUGGCCUCAAACUUCCCACAAACCCCUUCUCAAUUAUGUCCAAGGCGACGCCGUUUCACUCACAAUAGCCCACUACUCUGGUGAUCAUCGUUCUGAUUAUUUCGACCAUCUUUCAAGUUGCAAUGAAUUUGUUGAAGUCAUAAAAUACCAUCCUCUCGUGCCCAAGUUGGCAAUAUCUCAUGAAAAAGCCGCAGCAAUGGCCUUGCAAAUCACCCUCUUUCCUAGCCGUGGAUUUUCAAUGGGAACAUGCAUGGGCCAUGCAAUCCUAGAUGGAAAAAGUUCAACCCUGUUUCUUAAAUCAUGGGCUCACCUCUGUAAACAUGGAGGAUUAUUGUUACCGGAUCAGCUAAAACCAUUUUAUGGCAAAGUCAUCAAGGACCCUGCUGGGAUGGAAUCCAUCUACUUGAACCACUUUCUGAAUUUGGACCGACCCGAAAAUCGAAGCUUGAUGUGUACGCUUUGGGAAGCUCCAGUGCCACCAGACUCGGUUCGAGGCACCUUUGAAUUCACAAGCACAAAUAUACAAGCGUUAAGGCACUUGGUGAUGAAGAAGCAACAACAACAACAACAACAUCAAUCGGUUCACUUGUCAACGUUUUCUCUCACAUGUGCCUAUGCAUGGGUUUGCUUGGCCAAGUCCCGCCUGGACCCUCCUCUCCCCGCAAACUAUUUUGGCAACUGCAUAGCGGGCGGUAGAGUAGUUGCAGAGACAAAAGGCCUGUUAGGAGAAGAUGGGUUGGUUUUGGCUGUACAUGCAAUUAGGGAAGCCAUAAAAGGUUUGGAUAAUAAGGGGUUUUUGAAUGGGGCAGAGAAUUGGGUUUCAACUUUGUACAGCAGUGAUGCGCAGACCAAUUAUUUUAUAUUGACUUCCGUUGCUGGUUCAAAUCGGUUUCAGAUUUAUGACACUGAUUUUGGAUGGGGAAGACCAAGGAGAACAGAAGUGGUUUCUAUAGAUAAAACGGGGGCGAUCUCGUUGUCGGAUAGCAAGAAUGGUGGUGGAGGUGUUGAGAUUGGGUUGGUUUUGAAGAAACAAUAUAUUAUAUAUGGAUGCUUUUGCUGCUCUGUUUGCUCAUGGUCUUCUGUGAAACCUUCAUAUAUGGCAUGGCACACUCCCUAUUGA